AUGAUUCUCUACCGCCUCGCUACCGAACCUCACGAUUCCGAUAGCCUCCCAGAGCCUCCCCGCCUCUCAGACAACCGCAAGUCCUCCUCCGGCGAGUCGGUCAUCACCCUCUCUUACGACUCAAAGUACCCCGCCGGCAGCUCCACCCGCCAGAGCGCGUUCAUCCCGUACGCGUUCGAUCCCUGGGCCGACGCCAAGGACGAGCCCGAGGACGACGACUACCUCUACGAGCCUGGCUAUGGCGAUGACCGUGCGUCCUUCCGCGUGCGCUCUUGGCGCGGCCUUCUAAACGUCACUCUCCUCGUCUCCGUCAUAACCGCCCUCGUCGCCCUCUUUAUCUGCUACCCCGUGGUCAGCUUCUACCGCGGUGACUCUUACAAUCGCGCCAUCAACGCCAAUGCGGCCGUUAAUGGCACCGGCCAGGCCGCCUUCGCCCUACGCGACGUCAUCGACCCCGAUACGCCGCAGGACGCGCGCACGCGCACGGGCUUUGACGGGCAGCCCUACGUCCUCGUCUUUUCCGACGAGUUCAACACUGACGGCCGCUCUUUCUACCCCGGCGACGACCCGUACUGGGAGGCCGCCGACCUCUGGUACGGCGCGACCAACGACCUCGAGUGGUACGCCCCAGAGCAGGUCACGACCGCCGGCGGGGCGCUGCACAUCACCCUCGAGCAGGUCGAGCCAGGCGCCGCCGACAGCCAUGCGCUCGGGUAUCGGAGCGGCAUGCUUCAGAGCUGGAACAAGUUUUGCUUCAGCGGCGGUUACAUCGAGGUCGCCUUGACCCUCCCGGGGCCGGACUCGGACACCCAGGGAUACUGGCCCGCUGCCUGGACGCUUGGCAACCUCGGCCGCGCGGGCUACCGAGCGACGACGGACGGCACAUGGCCAUACUCAUACGACACGUGCGACGUCGGCACGUUCCCGAACCAGACGUGGGCCAACGGCACCGGGCCCGCCGCGGCGCUCCACUCGGACGCGUCCAAGGAGCAGUACGACUAUGAGCUGUCGUGGCUCCCCGGACAACGCCUCUCCGCGUGCACGUGUGCGGGCGAGGACCACCCGGGGCCGGACGUCGCCAGGGGCCGCGGCGCGCCCGAGAUCGACAUCCUCGAGGCGGAGCGCAACAAGACCGGCCGCGGCCAGGUCGUGUCGCAGUCGGCCCAGUUUGCGCCGUUCAACAGCGACUACGCGUUCGAUGCCCAGGGCGACGCGUACACCGUGUACGACGCGGGCCGCACGAGGGCCAACGGGUACAGGUGCGUGCUAUGCGCGCCGCAGCAGGCCGUCUCGGCGCUGACGGACCUUCCGGACGACAUGUUCCAGGGCUCGGGGCAGGUCUUCACAACCCUCGGCUUCGAGUACUGGACAGAUCCCGCACGCCCGCAAGACGGCUUCAUCACCUGGCAGACGGCCGGCGAGCCCUCCGCCACGAUGCGCGCGCCCGCUGUCGGGCCCGACGCGCAGUCGAUGAUCGGCCAGCGACUCGUAUCGGAGGAGCCCAUGUCCAUCGUCCUCAACCUCGGCCUCUCGCAUAACUGGCAGGACAUCGACCCCGCGACGAUGCUGUUCCCCGCGGCGAUGCUCGUCGACUACGUGCGCGUGUACCAGCGCGCGAACGAGACGAACGUCGGCUGCAGCCCGGCGGCGUAUCCGACCGCGGAGUACAUCGCGGCGCAUAUGGACGCCUACUCGAAUCCGAACUUGACGAGCUGGGCGGGCCCGGGGCCGGCCAGCGCGGGGUAUUCCUGGCCAAAGAACGGGCUCGUGAGUGAUGAUGCGCUCUACUCGUGCGAUGAUGCUGAUGGCCGUGUCGCUGCGCAGUACGAGGGCGGCUGCUGA